GAUGUCUCAGUCUUUUCACGUUCCUCGUGACAAUAACUUCGUAUUAAUUAUUUUUAUCUGACGUCUGUAUUUAAACAUUUUUCGUUUUUAUUUUUAUUUUGUUUUGUUUUGUUUUUUUUUUUUCUUUUUUAGCUUUAAUUGACACCAAAGUAUAGGAUAUUUCGCGGUGGUAUUUUAAUUGAUUCACCACAAAGAUAUGGUUAUGUGGGUAAGUUCUUCCACUUCGAGCUGUAACGCCAAAGAAAUUCUUGUUCGAAGGAUACCAAUUUUAAAAUGGUUGCCACAUUAUAACUGGGGAAAAUGUCUGCAAGAUAUUUUGGCAGGAUUUACAGUUGGAUUAACAGUUAUACCACAAGGUAUAGCUUAUGCAACGGUCGCUCUUCUUCCACCUCAGUAUGGCUUGUAUAGCAGUUUCAUGGGAUGUUUCGUGUAUCUAGUGUUUGGUAGUACAAAAGAAGUGACUGUUGGCCCUACGGCCAUAAUGGCGUUAUUAUCUCAACAUCAUGUUCUAACAUUAGGCGAAGAUAUUGCUGUUCUCAUAUCUUUCUUAUCAGGAUGCAUAAUAACAGCAAUGGGAAUAUUUCAACUUGGUUUUCUAGUUGAUUUUAUAAGCAUGCCAGUUAUUUGUGGCUUUACGAAUGCCGCAGCGAUCAUCAUAGCAGCUUCGCAAUUAGGCACACUCGUUGGUAUAAGUGGUAAAAGCGAUUCCUUCGUCGAUUCGAUCUAUAAAAUAAUUAAUCACUAUGAUAGUAUCACAUUAUGGGAUACUGUCCUUGGUGUUACAACUAUAAUAUUGUUAGUAUGUUUAAAGAAUUUGCCUGGUAAAAAAAAAGGUACUAUAUUCCAAAAGAUAAUGUGGCUGAUAUGUUUGGCUAGAAACGCAGUGGUCGUUAUUAUGGGUAUAUUCUUGGUUUUUGUUUUAUCUUUAUACGAUCUGAAACCUUUCAAGAUUACUGGGAAUAUCACACAAGGUUUACCGCCUUUCAAACCGCCACCAUUUUCUAUAGACACCAAUAACAAGACUUAUCAAUUCCCUGAAUUGAUUCAAGAACUCGGUAGUACCAUCGCAUCGAUACCAUUGAUCGCCAUUUUGGAAAGUGUUGCUAUAGCUAAGGCUUUCGCAAAAGGAAAGACUUUGGAUGCAACGCAAGAAAUGUUAGCGGUUGGACUUUGCAAUGUUAUUGGAAGUUUCGUUAGGUCGAUGCCAACGACCGGUAGUUUUACAAGAACCGCGGUGAACAAUGCAUCUGGCGUGAAAACUCCAAUGGGUGGUAUAAUAACCGGUCUUCUGGUAUUACUGGCAUGUGGUAUUUUAACUUCGAUUUUCGAGUUAAUCCCAAAAGCCACUUUAGCCGCUGUAAUAAUUAUUGCUAUGUAUUACAUGUUUGAAGUGAACGUAUUUUCAGCUCUUUGGCGUACGAAAAAAAUCGAUCUCGUACCUUUGAUAGUUACACUGAUAUGUUGUCUCGGUCUUAGCUUGGAAUAUGGUAUGAUAGUUGGAAUUGUUAUAAAUCUUAUUCACCUUCUUUACUUUGCGGCCAGACCUGGUCUAUUGAUCGAGGAACGGGUUAUCAACGAUAUUACCGUACUAUUCGUUUUGCCCAAGCAAUCGUUGAGUUUUCCAGCUGCGGAAUAUUUAAGAGAACAAGUCUUGGAAUGGUGUAAUAAAUGUCCUGAAAGUAUACCUGUGAUAAUAGAGGGACGUAACGUUUUGAGAAUCGAUGCAACAGUCGUCAAAAAUCUUACUCUACUUCACGUAGAUUUAGAAACUAGAAAACAAAAGUUGAUCUUUUGGAAUUGGUCGGAGAAAGUGAAAAAUAUUUUGACAAAUUACGAUUCCUCUUUGACAUUAUCAUUUAAAAAUUGUGGUAGUAUACUUCAGAUAUUUACGAAUACAAUGUCCUGAGGAAUUACAAUGAAUGAGGAAUUACAAAUGAAUAUUUAAUUUCUUCCUUUAAUUUAUUUAUUGAGAACGCAUAAUCUUUAGCAGUAUAAAAAAUUAUAUCUAUAGUUUGACUUCUCUGAGUUGACGUACUUAUAAAGAAAUAAAUUAACGAUAUGUUAUCAGUCGAUGAUCUUGUCAAAUUCCGAUUACAAAUCAGAGAUUCAAUUAAUAAUCCAUCAGUUAAAUAUCUACGCAAAGAUUCGUCAAAUGAUAAGAUUACACGAGUUAACGAAUUAGAUAUAUUAGAAAUGAUUAUAUUAUAAUUAAUCGAUACAAUUUACACGUCAACAUUAAAUCUUUAAAAUCUUAAAUUUUUACGUAGAAUUGUAUCAUUGAUUCAAAUCAAUAUUUAUGAAGAGAUUGAUCAAUGAUUUUUUUUUUUUUUUUUUUUUUAUUAAUAUCUCAAUCAUCAUCGUCAUCAUCAUCGUCAUAUUACAUCGAACACUUAAGAAUGAACGAAAUUACACGUAAAUUACGUGCGUCUAAUGUUUUCGAGUGAGAAAAAAAAAAGAAAUAAAUAAAUAAAAAAAAAAAUAAAGAAAAAAAAGGAUGAAGAAGAAGAAGAAGAAGAAGAAGAGAAAAGAGAAAAAAGA